CUGUACUUUACGGUACAUUGCUGCGCAGUACGUCGCCAGCAUCCGGUCUCCAGCAGGGCAAUGCUCCCCUCCCUCUUUCGUCCCUCUCACGGCCAGACCAGACCAUACGAUCCGGUUCGAGGAGGAAUGAGGCGAGGAAAACGGAGGAUCCUUGUCAACUCCAGUCCCCUCUCGCCCCGCCCGCUCCAUCCGUCAAUUGUAAAGUGUCAAGAACCGCUCAUCAUCAAUCCGACAAGUUUGUGCGUCUCGAUGUAUCAAGGUUCGUUCAAUUCCGCACUACAGCCCUAUGAUAACAUCAGUUCCUCAAGCGCCGGCAGUCGACUCUUGGCUUGCGACACCAUCCGCUUGCCAAGGGAAGCUUGACGUUGCUUGGCCUUCUUGGCCUUUUCCAGAUGACGCUGAGAUGGCAUUUUGUCCAAGGGCGGGCGCGCCACGGCACGCGGCGGUCGAAAAUUACCAUAUGUUACCAGGGGAUCGAUCCGAAUCCUCCCCGCGAGAUCUCGACCAAACAGCGCCAGGACCCUACCCACGUGGCGGCACGAUAGGCGGGCAAGGUACCGGACCCCUGGUGGAGCAGAGAAACAAAUUGCGGGCCCUUUUAGUUAGCGUCGUCCGCCGCCGAACGUGGGGAUUUUGUUGGUUCUGGUUCGGUCUGCGAAACGGGAAUUGCUGCAUUCCCAGAUCCUCAACGACAUUUGCUGUGUAUACGCGAAUCACAUACAUACGUUACGUGACUUACGUCCGCAAACGCCAACGCCAACGCCAUUCCCGUUGGUGAUGUCACUACGCUAGACCGUGGGACGCCACAAUGCUUGAUUCCACGUCGAUGUCUUCUCAUUGACCAUCUACUUCGUGCGUUCUCCCAGAGCAAUGCUUUCAUCUCCAUGACAUGUUGAACAUCGGGUAUGUGU